GUCAUUCGCAAACAGAGUCUGUUUCUGACCCAGUUGGAGAAACUUAAAAGCACACCAAUGAGCAGAGAGAACCCUCCAAGAAACAUUGAUAACUCCAGCCAAGCACAGUCCGGUCCAGAUACCUCUUUAGUUUUUCCAACAGUGCUGAGGAUGGCCAUAGACAGAAGAGAUUCUGAUCUGAAGAGUGCAAGUAAAACAAAACUACGGAGUCUACUGAUCCAGUCUCUUUUUGACCACCUCAGUAAGAAAACAAUGUACCCAACUCAUCUUCAAUACAUUGAGCUUCUGUCAAAUGUGAUAAUGGAUUACCCAUAUCUAAGGGAAAGUAUUGGGUCUGGAUAUGAUGCCCUGCUUGAAUCACUCAGAAAUAAGUUUAAGAAGGAAAGGCAGCCUCUUGUUGCCAACAAUGAAAUACAGCGACUGAAAGAGAGAUGGGCAAGAAGGAAGCGACCUCUUCAGACAGCGGAAGCUUAUCCAAGUACCAUGGUUGAUGCAGGAGAAGAUGAAAGAAGCAUCAGGGAACAUCUCCGAGUAAUAAAGGAGGAAACCGAGAAGCUUAGACCAAACUUGGAGCUUCUUAAAGAAAGGAUGGCGCUGAUAAAAAUCUACCGGAGACACUUUGUGUCUAACCACAGAUUUAGAUUAUCUCUAAAUUUCCAUGUUUCAGACUGGCCAAAAUGCUCCUUUGGGAUCUGAGAGACCGUACCAACGUUGAUGUGGACCAACAGAUUCUCUCUCAGCUCUCGGUAAUGGCACCUAAAAUCCUUCAAGUUUCACGGAGUCCCCUGAUGGAGAAGUUCAGGUGUGUGGUUGAUGACUGUGAAGAUGGCAGACUGAAAAAAGGACUACAGUUGGAAGCAGCUAUUCUGCUCUUGCCUGCACUGUUUAAGGAGGACCCGGGGUUGCUGUUUGAAGUUGAGGGCCAUGCUCAGACCUGCCCUCCUGACACACCAACACCUAAAAUGGUGCUCAAAGGCUGCAGGGAGGGUAAUCCCAUGCAAUACGACCACAUUGUCGUCAUGUUGGAUGGCCAGUCCAUUACUGAGGAGAGUGAGGACAUCUCAAUGGCACUGGGCCUCAUCCUUUGCACAUAUUUUCUGUUUGGGAUCCAAUAUCCUAAAGGACUGAAAAAGACACUGACCUUCCUGGAGUGCAUUGUCUUAAAAAUGAAGGAUGCAGCCGGACUUCCCGUCACAAUUAAAAGAGUGUACAGCUCAAUCUGUGCAUAGAGUCUCUCUGUCUCUCUCUCAUAUUCCAUUUUCUAUUUUUUCAGCCAGUGUUGUUAGUUAAAAAGCACUGAUUAUAUUUGCAACUAAAAUAAAUGAAUUAAACUGUUAAAA